UAAGUGGUGAGGAGAAAUCAAACUUCAGAGAAAAUGAAUUAAUAACCUAAAACAUUGUCCUGUGGAACUCCACUCAAUACACAAAAUAGACAACAGUAUGGGGCUCAUUAAAAUUAAAUAAUAAUAUUAAAAUAAAUUUGUAAUUCUGGGAAUACUUCAUACAAAAGUUGUGUGCGUGCGUGUGCGAAUGUGUGCGUGUGGUAAUCCAAGCAGCUGAAGCUGGGGGCAACGGUAACACAAAGUAGUGAAUCAUACAUCCUAGCAACAAGCAUACAUUCAUGCUCUAACCCAAACUUAGGAGGUAGCAGACGAGAUAGGAGUUAACACCAUGGAUUUGUCUCUGUCGCCGCUGAGUCGGGGGUACGCUCGAGUCUUCACUGAGAGUACAGGUGGCCGACUGGACGUCUGCUACACGCCACAGGACUACUAUAUCUGGAAAUCCCAUGAUGCUCUCCUGCAUCUGACCAACAGCGGAAGCCUACUAGGGAGUGAAGCGUCAACAAUCCCGAAAACAUAUAGCACUCGCCGAGGCCCUCUUGUUCUGUACUCACGAGACUUGGUUAUGCUAGGAACUGAAUAUGGGUCAGAGGUGUCAGGCAGGAGGAGGCGGGUCACACGGCAGGAAGUGGACCACAGCUCAGACGCUCGCCUUUUGCGACAGCAACAGAAUGGUCGGUUGACCUCCAGAUUUGCCGCGCCUACCUUACCUCCACUUCCAAACAUCCGUCAUGCAAGUGUUUGCCAUCUUUAUGAUCCACGAGCACACCACCAUACGGAGUUGCUUGGUGACCCUGGAAAAAACAACUCCCGUCUGGAGAAUCCACCUAAAGAUCAGAAUGAAAAACAGGGCAGUGACCGAAGGGUCCAGUUGGAUCUGGUCCUUGAUCUGCAGACCUGUAUAGACCACAUAACCCUCGCAGAACAAGAAGAAUUUCAGGCACGACCAGAGGGUUCCAACAUAGCUAAAGUUCAUCACAAGCAGUGCCUACCUCCUGGAGAAGACAACACAACGGGGCAUGCCAGUGGGACACGGACUCGGCAAGAAGUCCGAACAGAACCAAGAUGGGUCGAAUUUCACCCCCAAGUAUAUCCGGAGGAUUGCCAUCAUCGUCCCUUGUUUCUUCCUCUGUUACUCCCUGUUCAAAAAUAUGAACAAAUGAAGUGUAAAAGAAAAGCAAGAGGAAGGGUCAAAACUGCAAAAGAAUUCUGCGAGGAGAUGUUGCAGCAUGGGCAACAGUUGAAGAAAUCAUCAGAGGUUCUGCUGGGCCUGACACAUGUGGGAGUAUCUAGGUGUGCUUCAGGAUGCAGAGGUCCAGGCAGGCAGAGCUCUUCAGCCUUUACACAUAAGCGAGUACUGGAUCUCCACGAUUCCUGUUACUCCAGCGACUCUAAAAGAAGUGUGGUCAGGGGAGUUCUACCACUGGAGCUAAGAGAUUGGCAGAAAAGCCAAGCCGCUGGGUGUGUGAUUCUUGGCCCUGACGGGGAAAUUAUCCAACUGUCACUCUAUGACAACUACCAGCACCAAGUUCUUGGUGACGACAAUGACGCAGAACAGAAAGCUUUCCAGGUUUUGUCUGAAGAUGGCGAGACGUUACCCUUUGUCAUGGUGCUGCAUCAUCAACACACACAUGCAGAAGAAGAUGAGGAGCUCAGCUCAAAUAUACUUUCUGGCGAUGUUCAAUAUGACACAACUGUUAAAACUUGUUUGGAUCUUUGCAAAUCUUCCGAGUCUGACCUAAGACCACCCAGCAGCCUUGCUAAUUUAGUGGUUACAACAAAUGAAAAUACAAAGAGAGCAAAUCCAAUGGAGGAAACACGGUGGGAAGACAAACAAGAUGAAGAUGUUCAAAACAAAGUUGAGAAAUUGUCACCAAGGAAACAGCCUCCUCCUGCAGGAGGCUGCACAGCGGAGCACGAGGAGGUCGCUGCACAUCUGCCAAAAGCCAGUUCAGGACGUACCGACCAGCUUGGGAACGACACGGCUCCCACACAAGAAUCUGGACUCAGUACCACCUCCAUCCAGCAGGGUAUUGCAACUAGAAAACCACUGGGAGAGGAAACUGCGGUUGGACUGCAGAAGGACGUCGAGACUAACAUCGCAAAGGAAGCUGCGGGUGCUAGGGUUUCACUUGUGAACCCUACACGGAAAACUGUCAAGUCAAGAGAAGAAGGGCAGAUGCGAUCCAGAAAGAACAAAGUUGGAAUUGUGAGAAAGCAGAAGAAAGAAGACACUAAUGCUCACCAGACUAAAAUCCACACGGAUGACAAUCAGGCAAAGAAAAAUGCAACAGAGACCCAAAAACAUUCUGUGAAAAAGAAGAGAAGGAUCAAAGAAAGAGAGGACAGUGAGAGGAGGACGAAGGAAAAAGGAGAGAAAGAAAGGAUGGAAGAGUUGAUCGGAAGAACGCGACCAACGAAGCCAAAUCACAACAGAAUAUCACAGCAUGAUGGUCUUAAUGUUCCCUCUCAUAAACAACUCAGUGAUGGUCUGGAGAAUGAGGAAGUGGCAGCUGAACAGGAAACAGACGAAGGCUUUUACCUCAAGCCCUCCAGACACUCUGACGAAAAACCAAAAACUGAUACCUCCAUAAAAGAAAACCACGAGCGCCUUUCCGCUGAUGACAAAAACAGCCCUAACGGCAGUGUUCAUUCAGUUGGAUUCCAAAUGUCUCCUUCUGUGUCCUUGGGCCUCAAUGGGAGGAGCUCUCUGAGGUCUUCCUCCGAGGGUCUCUCGGCUGACAUGAGGGUCCUCACAUCCUCUCAAGGUCAACUGUCGUCGUGUUCCACCAUCAUGGUAACCGAGGAACAGCUGAUGUUAAACCUGGUGAAGACUGAGACCUCCAGAAGCAACGAGGAAGUGACCCGUCAUCACGCUGAGCGAGCUGAGAUACGAAGACAGGAAGCGGAGAGGAGGAGAAGGGAACAGGAGGAGGAAGAAACAAUGCAACUAGAGGAGGAAAGAAAGAGGGCGAAGGAGAACAUAAAGAACGAACUGGAGGAAGACCGGAGAAGAAGAGCUGAACAUCUCAGAAUGAGGAAGCUCGCAGAAGAAGAGGUGAGGAGGAAACGUGAGCAGGAGGAGAAGGAGAAAGCUGAGCAGGAGCAGACGGCGCGCGAGAUGGCGACGAGGCGGCAAGAGGAGAGGAGGCGACAGAUGGAGCGACUGCAGAAGAUGAGGGAGGAGGAGGCGAGGAGGAGGAAAGCGGAAGUGGAACAUCUGGACCUGGAGAAACAGAAGAGGCAGGAGGAGGCGUGCAAGCUCCUACAGGAGCUGAACGAGACUGAGAGAGAUGAGUACCUCGCUAUGAAGGAGCAGGAGGAGGAAGAGAGAAGGACCACAGAGGAAGAGCACCAAAUAAGCGAAGAACAAGCUUUGAGGGUCAAAGAAGAGUCCAGGGUGCAGGCGGACCAACUCUCCUCGCAGACAGCGCUGUUGGAGCAGCAGAUGACCUUCAAAAGGGCUCUACUGCUGGAGGCAGAGGGGAUGGCACACAGCCAGGCUAUCUCCAGGCCGUGGGUCUACUCCUAUUUCACUUUGUUAAGGAUGCUGGACCUAAAGUCCACGAAGAUUUAUGAGGCCAUAAACUCUUAAAAC